UUUUCAAAGCUCUCGCGUUUUUAAUUUGGUGCUGCAAUCCUCGUUUUACAAAUAUAUACCGCCCGCAAUGUCGCUUGAAAAUGGAAACUGGUGUCUAAUCGAGAGCGAUCCCGGUGUGUUCACUGAGCUCAUUCAGAACAUGGGUGUGCGUGACGUGCAGGUCGAAGAGCUCUACAGUCUGGACGCCGACACUCUCAACUCGAUUGCGCCCGUCUACGGCCUCGUGUUCUUGUUCAAAUGGCAGCAAAGCAGCGGCAAACCGCGUGCGCAGACAGAGCAGCCGACGUCAUCGCCCGAGAACGUGUAUUUCGCUCAGCAGAUUAUCAACAAUGCGUGCGCGACACAGGCAAUCCUGUGCUCGACAAACUUCCGCUCCUUCUCGGUGGACCUGCCGCCCGACAUGCGCGGACUGGCACUGACCAACAGCGACCAGAUCCGCAAUGUGCAUAAUAGCUUUGCUCGCUCGGACCCGUUCAUUUCGGAUAUGGCCAAGCCAGCAACCGACGAUGACGACGUGUUCCAUUUUAUCAGCUAUGUGCCGGCAGCUGGGCGGCUGUAUGAGCUGGACGGGCUAAAGCCCGGGCCCAUCGACCAUGGCCCGGCGGAGAACUGGCUUGAGCGUGUAGGCGAGGUCAUCCAGGAGCGCAUGUCAGAGUAUAGCGAGAGCGAGAUCCGGUUCAACUUGAUGGCAGUUAUUGGCGACCGCCGCAAGGGCCUGAGAAACAAGAUUGACAAGGUCGAGGCCGACAUUGCGCGCCUAGCUAGUCGGCUGGAUGAGCUGCGGCUAGAGGACAAGGACGAGUCGCGGGCUGAGGCUGAGGCAGUGCAGACUGAGAUUGGCCAGCUGAACAGCCAGCGUGCGGACCUGGCAUACAAGGUGCAGGUUGAGAACGGCAAGUUUGAGCGUUACAAGUUUGACAACUCUCUGAGGAAGCACAACUUCAUCCCGCUCAUCUAUCAGCUCGCCAAGGCCAUGGCAGGGAAGGGUUCACUGGCGCCUGCCAUCGAGGACGCAAAGAAGAAGGCGCAGAGCCGCCCUCAGCAAACACAGCAGCCCUUCUGACAACUGCCAAGGGGUGUUGGCGCUGUUUUCAUAAAUCAUUCGAUACAAUUUCAAAACAAUCUAAUGGCUUCAGUGGUCAGUCCUGCGGCGCUUCGUGUCGUGCUGCGGUCUGCUCGCCUGCGGUCCGAUCUGGGC